CUAGACUGUACGCAUUGCAGCAGACACACAUCGCAACUGCUUCUUCUCCAACACUAAGCACAGGAGGCAGGGAUGACAGUGUCGUCAACUGCCAGGUUGCGCCGCGUCCUGCCGGUGCUGGCAUGCAUGACCCUGUUACUUCUGGUGUCCUGCUGUUCCCCGUUCUCAAAAGGCCUGGGCACUGAUAGCGAUGACUUCCUGGACGACCAGGAGGACGUGGAGGGCUCCGCUGCAGAGGCACCAUUGCCUCCCUCAGCGACCAUUUGGGACACGAUUGAGAGCGCCGACGCGGACGCUGUAGCCGAAUUGGUCGAGGCCGUGCACGAGAAGGAUGAUGAUGAUGCGCGUGUCAAGCUGGCAGCACUGCACUUGUUUGGGUCUUCGACAACAACAAAGCUCGCGCGAGACGUCGAAGAAGCCCUCGCCCUCGCACAAUACGCUGCAGACAAAGGCCACCCUGCUGCUCAAUUCCUGGUUGGGUUCAUGCACGCGACAGGCAUGGGCGUGGACGCGGACCAAGGCAAGGCCUUGCUGUACUACACAUUUGCUGCGCUGCACGACGACCCCUUUGCCCAAGUACAUUUAACAGAGGCAGCGAUGUGA